CGUGUGUUUUUGCACAUGGCAAACAGCCAGCCUCCCGUAGUGAGGGACAGAUGGUGACCUGGCCUGGAAGCAACAAAAUCGCUACUCUCUCAUGGCACUGACAGGUAGCCAUGGCGGCCGUCAACAUUUUGAUGCUCGUCUUGGUGGUGGUGCUGCUGCCAUGGCGGGCCGCGGCGAUCGGGAGGGUGUGCGGCAACGCCGGCAACUACGCGGCCAACGGCACGUACCAGAGCAACCUGGUGUCCCUGUCCAGGAGCCUCCCCGGCAACACCUCCUCCUCCGCGCAGCUCUUCGCCAACGCCACCUCCGGCCAGGCCGGGGCCCCCGACGCGGUGUACGCGCUGGCGCUGUGCCGCGGCGACAUGACCGACAACCGCACCGGCUGCAGCGCCUGCGUCGCCGGCGCGUUCCGGCACGCGCAGCAGAGCUGCCCCAGCGGCAAGGCCGCCGCCGUGUACGACGACGACUGCUUCAUCGGCUUCUCCGACAGCGGCGCCAUCCUCGUCGCCGCUAGUAAUAGUCGAGACAGGAGCACCCUGUUCCAGUUGUGGUACGGGUUGAGCAUCCCCGGCCGUGACCCCGCCGCGGUGGGCGCCGGCGUCCGUGACAUGCUCAACCAGACCGCCCAGCUCGCGGCCGCCAGGACCUCCAGGUUCGUCACCGCCUUCAUGGACGGCUCCAGCGGCGCCAUCAGGACGACGCUCUACUCCACGGCGCAGUGCACGCCGGACCUGUCCGCCGCCGACUGCCUGGCGUGCCUGCAGGGACUCGUCGGCGUGCUCAACGCCACCACGUCGGUGCGCCAGGGGGGGCGCAUCCUCGUCCUGCGCUGCAACCUCAGGUACGAGAGCAUGAGUUUCUUCAACGAUAACAACGCCACCAUGGUCCGGAUCACGCCGUCGUCGUCGCUGGCUCCGCCGGCUCCCACCAGCGACGACAGUACGAGAGCUAGGCCGCCCUGGGUGAUUCCCCUGAUCGUGGCACAUCCUGUGGCGGCGCUUCUGGCGCUGCUCUGCUUCGCCGUCUUCUACUGCCGCCGCCGACGAACGAGAUACAGAAAAGGCAAUGUCAGAUUCUUACGACGAAACAAGCGCAACAACUUGCAGCAGCAGCAAGGAGGGGAUGAGCAACUGGACUGGGAAAUGGAAGCCGAGCUCUCCGAGUUUUCGGUCUUCGACUUUGAUGAGAUACUGGAUGCCACAGAUAACUUUUCUGAGGAGAACAAACUUGGGGAAGGUGGCUUUGGCCCCGUAUAUAAGGUAAAUAUCACAGU